AUGGAUGAUUUCGGAGCGAUUUACUCAACUGGUAUUGUGGUGUUUCGGCAAAUAGAAGCCAAUGCUAUUGGACCAAAUCGUGUUCUUGAUAAACCAGCCGAUGAACAAUUAACUUUAAGUGAUGUUUGCAUUUUGGAUUUUCCACCAUGCAAUCAUGGUGCCAAGUGUCGUGAUUAUCGGAAGCCUGGACAUAAGGCUCAGUUUUCACAUCCACCGGUGUGUCCACUUUUAAAUGCAACUUCAUCUUGUGAACAAUUAGAUGAUGACGUCCAUGCAUUUACAUUUAUACAUAAUACUAAAUGCAAGUUCGGUGGUAAAUGUAAUGAUACUGAUCCAAUACAUUUGUUAGAUUUUGAUCAUCCAGAAUUUUGUGAAUACGGAGGUGAUUGUACAAAUAUCAGCCAAAAACAUUUAGUUGCAUAUCAACAUCUACCUAAUUGUCCAGAUGGUUCUAAGUGUUCAAAAUAUCGGAGAAGAUAUCCUAAUCAUUUAAAAUCCUUUCGUCAUUGCAAAUCUGUUUGUCUCUAUGAUAAUUGUUGUGUUAAUUUUCAUGAUAAAGAACAUUUUGCUAAUACAAUACACUCAUUUCGUCCACCAUGUCCAUUAACACCAUACAAUGGUUCAAAGACAUGUUAUGAGUCGUCGUUUUAUGAAUUUAUUAAAAAACCAGAAAGUGUGGUCAGAGCGGUGCAACAACAUAGUCGAGUACGUUUGAUAUUUCUCCAUCAUAAUACUCCGAUCGUCAAAGAUAAUGUCUGUAAACUCAUUCAAAUAUUGGUUGAAGCUGAAUUUACAAAAGCAAAAUCAGAUGGAAAAACCCCAUUAGAUUCGGAGCAUGAUUAUAAUAGACUUCAAAGGAUCGAGCAAAAAAUACAACCACCUCUUAAUAAUAAAGAGAUUCAAGUUAUUCAUGAAUGGGCAGUUAAAAUUGCUCAAGCAUCGAUUAAAUUGAAUGCUACUCCUAUGGGAAUCGGAUAUGAUGUUGAUGAAAAAUUAGGAACAGAUCAACAUGUGUUUAGUAUACUGGGACCACACCUUGCUCAACAAUCAGCUAAAGGAGCAUUUAAAGAUCCACUUAUGACUAGUAUCUAUGAAAGUGAUGAGAUCAAAUCAGGCAUCACGUUGAAAGAUAUUCUUGGUUACACUUAUCCAAAAUAUGUGUUUGAACAACUCUGUGAAGCCAUCAAAGAUCGAAUGAACACACAAAAUAUCUCUCGAGGUAUAGUCAUUACAGUUGCUGCUUCCGAAUUUCAAGAACAUAUUUUUUUACCAAUCACCAUUUCGCAGGCAUAUGAUUUAUAUUAUUUUGACAAACCGCAAUCAAAAGAUGGUUACGAAUUCUCUUAUAUUUAUUGGCAAGCAAUGAAUGGUGAGUUUGACAGGCUAAAACAGAAGGUAAUUCAUUCCAAUCUUUUGAGGUUCGCGGAAGAAAAGAGCUAGAUGCAGAUUUUGACAUUAAACGAAGAACAAAGACGCGACUAUCAUGGCCUAAUCGAGAACUUUGACGCGUUGUGGACCGUGAAAUCGGAUCAAAAGAGAGAACUUUUAUGAUAGAAAAUUUUAUAGAAAUAGAGAAGGCGAUAAUAUAGACGUCUGUUUGAAAGUGAUUGAAUUUUAAAUUGUUUGAGCAGAGAAGAAGAAGAACUACUAAAAUCUUGUGAAAUGACCCUACUAGCAAGACGCUGAACUUUAUCCAAAAUUUCAAGAUGAGAAGUAAAAGUGGAAUCGUAGAUAACACAACCGUAUUCAAGCGCGGUUCUUACACAAGUUUUAUACAGAUGACAACGAAGAAAUGAGGGCGAGUCACGAAAGACUCUUGAGAUAGAGCCUAACAUUUGACGAGAUUUCAUUGACACAUAUUCAAUGUGAGCCUUCCACGUUAAAUUAUAUGAAAUAAUCAUGCCAAGAAGUUUAAGAGACAAAACUCUUUCUAUAUCAACAUUGUUUUUUGAAAGAGUGAGUUAAGGAAGCAUUUUACUAGAGUUUGAAAAUAAAAUCCAGAGACAUUUGUUUAUGUUUAACUUGACGUCAUUAAUAUCACACCAGAGCUCAUUGAUACAUUUUUGAGCCUCGAAAAUGUUUGUAACACAGAAGACAUCAUCAGCAAAAAGACAAGAAAGAAGAGAAGAUUUGAGAGAUGGCGCAAGAUCAUUUAUAAAUAUGAGAAAUAAAAUCGGGCCAAGGAUACUGCCCUGAGGAACUCCAGACGACACUCGAACAGAAGAAGAAAAAACAGAGCCCACAGAAACUUUUUAUGUACGAUUUGAAAGAUAAGAAGCGAACCAUUUCAAAAGAUUUCCGCCUUUUCCUGCUUUAGCCAGUUUUUGUAGUAGAAUAUGAUGUGGUACAGUGUCGAACGCCUUUUCAAAUCAAAUGAUAUGCCAAUUCAUUUGCACCUUUUUUCUAGAUGCUGGUAAACCUUUUGAGUGAGAAGAAGAAGCGCAUCUACGGUAGAAGUACUUGGACGAAAUCCAACCUGAGUUGGGUUAAAAAAGUUUUUUGUGCAUAGAAACGAGUAUAAAUACUUGUAGAUUAGUUUCUCGAACGCUUUACUAACAUUAGAUAAUAGUGAAACAGGACGAUAGUUUUUGACGAAUAACUUGCUUUCUUUCUUAUGUAUGGCACGUAUAAGAGCUUCUUUCCAGGGAAGAAAAAACACACCGGUCGAAAGAGAAAGAGAGAAGAUGUGAUAUAACUGAGGAGAAAUUACAUCAGCACUAAGCUUUAUAAGUUUGAUAGGAAUUUGAUCGGUGCCUAAAGAAGUUUUAUUUUUUAAACUACUUAUAGCUUUAAACACAUCAGAAACAUUAAAUUUAAUUUCAGAUAGAGACUGAGAAGAUAAAGGAAGUUGAGAAUUAUUCGUGGUAAGUGAAGAGAGUUGUGAAAAACUAGUUUGAAAGAAAGUAGAUAAUAACUCGGCUUUAGAAGAAUCAUCACUAGCUGUAGCAGAAUUAUAUUGCAUAGAAGAUGGUAAGUCUGCAACUGGAUCACGAUACUUUUUUAUGACUGACCAAAACCUUUUACUAUUUGAAAAGUCUUUUAUAAUACUUUUAAAUAAAUGUUUUUUGUCGUUACGAAUUGAACUGAUAGCGAGAUUCCGAACUUUUUUAUAUAUGUCAAACAAACGAGAUGAAUGUUGUUUUGAUUUUGAUUUUUUAAAAGCAGCAUUUCUUUUCUGUAGAAGAUAAUGAGUACGCUGAAAAAAACGGAGAGUUCUUACUUUAACAAUAGGAAUAUUUUUGAUAGGAACACACUGUUGAACGAUUGUCAUAAAAUGAUGUUGCCACAAGGCAAGUGCGUGAUUAGUAUCGUUGCUUGAAAAUAAGCUCUAAACUUGUUUCUUUCUUGUUUACUUCUGCAUUAGAAAACUGGACACUUUUUUCACGAUGAAAAAUCAUGUCUUUUUCCCGUGGAAGUAGUAUUCUUACUAUAUUAUUUUAUCUCAUAAACAGUAUUAGUCCUUAGAAAAUAAGCUACUUGUGUAAAUUCUAAUUUUGAAGUGUAUUAGUAUAUUUACAUAAACUUAAUCGUGUCAAUAAGAAACACUUUGCUUUCCAUAUUGUCUAUAUUGUGAAAUCAAUUGGUGCUAAAGUUCGAUCUAUCACAAAUACGAAAGACUUGAUUAAACAAUUAUCUAGAAUUAAUUAAUGAUAAUGCAUGGAAAGCGCUUGGGUGUUAGCCAGUCGUAAUUUCAAGCAAUUGAUACUGAUGCGUAACCUAUUUAAAUCAUCGUCUCCGCCACAUGAUAGUCUUCCACUAGUCAUCUACACUAUUCACAUGUCAUCCACUCUUCGAUCAUCAUCAGCACUACCACCACCUUCUCCUCUAUCUCUCCCACUCAGUUCGUUUCGUACCUUCCAGCGAUCUUCGCCUCCAUGAGAAGUAUAUGGACCAAAUAACCACUUCAGGAAAUUCUUCGACCGUCAUACGCACACAUACCACAUGCCACCAAACUAGAAAUCCCCCAAACCAAACAUCAUUAUAAGGUAUUCUUGAUAGACAUCACUCUCAUCAACUCAACAUAUUGAUUAAGUUGUGCGUUUACAGCACAACUUCCAGCGUACGGUUAUUCCUUUCCAAGUCGGCCAGAUGUUGUGCUCCAGAAGCUCCGAUUUGAUUGCUGGAGAGGUUCAGUAUAGUGAGUGUCUGUGUCAAAUAAGAAACACCAAUAUAAAACAGAUGAAUCGAGAAUUUGUCUCACCGUGUUAUUUCGUAAUGCAUCAGCCAGAUGUUGUGCUCCGGCAGCUCCGAUUUGAUUGCUGCAGAGGUUGAGUAUGGUGAGUGUCUGUGUCAAAUAAGAAACACCAAUAUAAAACAGAUGAAUCGAGAAUUUGUCUCACCGUGUUCUUUCGCAAUGCAUCAGCCAGAUGUUGUACCCCUUUGUCUCCGAUUUGAUUGUAGCAGAGGUUGAGUGUAGUGAGUGUCUGUGUCAAAUAAGAAACACCAAUAUGAGACAGAUGAAUCGAGAAUUUGUCUCACCCUGUUAUUUCGUAAUGCAUCAGCCAGAUGUUGUGCCCCUUUGUCUCCGCUUUGAUUGUAGCAGAGGUUGAGUGUAGUGAGUGUCUGUGUCAAAUAAGAAACACCAAUAUGAGACAGAUGAACCGAGAAUUUGUCUCACCGUGUUAUUUCGUAAUGCAUCAGCCAGAUGUUGUGCUCCAGCAGCUCCGAUUUCAUUGUUGGAGAGGGUGAGUGUUGUGAGUGUCUGUGUCAAAUAAGAAACACCAAUAUGAGAGAGAUGAACCGAGAAUUUGUCUCACCGUGUUAUUUCGUAAUGCAUCAGCCAGAUCUUGUGCCCUUUGUCUCCCAUUUGAUUCCUGGAGAGGUCGAGUGUAGUGAGUGUCUGUGUCAAAUAAGAAACACCUAUAUGAGUCAGAUGAAUCGAGAAUUUGUCUCACCGUGUUAUUUCGUAAUGCAUCAGCCAGAUCUUGUGCUCCAGCAGCUUCGAUUCGAUUCCACCCCAGGUCGAGUGUAGUGAGUGUCUGUGUCAAAUAAGAAACACCAAUAUGAGACAGAUGAACCGAGAAUUUGUCUCACCGUGUUAUUUCGUAAUGCAUCAGCCAGAUGUUGUGC